AGGAAAAAAAGUGGUGGAAGCGUUGAUAUAAAAACAGACUCACCAGUUUAUCCGAUCAAAUGUGAACAAGUGUUUGCCGAGUUUGCAGGCAGCAUGCAAAAUUUGAGUCAGCGAGCAAAAAUAACAAUGAUGACGCCAAUUUUUGUGCUUUCUGUUUUUUUAUUCGCAUUGGCAUGUCCCUGCAACACACAAGCUAAUGAACUGAAUUAUACAUAUUGUCAAAGUAAUUCAGAAUGUCAACCAGGCUAUUGUUGCACUAUAGGGCCAAUAAGAUAUAGUAUACCACAAUGCAGACCUAUGCAAGAAGAAGGAGACAUAUGUAGACCAGCUAGUGCUUCAACGAUUGACAUGACCGUUGGAUAUCCAGAUGGUUCUGAACUCACAUUAAAGAAUGUCCAUUACAUUCUUUGUCCUUGCACCGAUGGACUGUCAUGUGAUAUCAAAGAAGGUGUUUGCAGGGAAAUAGGCAGAAAACAUGAUACAAAUCGAUUGUCUGCUGAAAAUAAAAAACAAGACGAUUGAUACAAGACUAAAAGAAAAUAAUUUUUUAUUACGAAAAAUGACAAUGAGCUGACUACAGCGAAUGAUAAUACGCAUAACAAACGACCAAAUCGUGAAAAAACCCAACACGUAGAUCGCAUCUGUAUAAUUAAAUUGUGUACCAAAGGACUAAACUACUGCUAAGUUAGAACUUAUUGAUAAGAUUCAAAAUUUCUUGAAUAAGUGUAAUCGUUAAGAAAAAUAUCGAUAAAAUCUUGUAUCAUUAACUAAGAUUAAAAUAGAUUUAUAGAUAGAAUAGAUAGAAUAAAAUCAUAUGGGUCUUCGUAUGUUUUGAAAUAAACAUUUUUGACUUCGACAAAAAUUAAAGUGUUUCUUAUAUCUCUCUCGCAAUUUACCGACUACUAGUAACUAUAAAAGGAUCUUCAAUGGAAAUCGUUGACAAGGUUAACAUAUUUUGUUAUCUGUUCUGUUUUCUUCGUUGAUAACUGUUAAUCUGAGAAUAAUGAAUCCCUAGGUUUUCUACUUUUUUAUUACCUGUUAGUUUUAUAUAUACAGCUCUUGUCUUCAAUAAAGAAAUAACAAUUGUUUGCAUAUUUACGCGCAUUUCCGAGUAUUUCGAUAUUCAACUGUUCGAGCGAUUCUAACUACCGCGCAACGCAACCAUUGCGCGCCAAUACAAAUCAUUACGCGUCUGCGUAAUUCAUUGUAUUUCAUAAAUUUGAGAAAAUAAAUCGACAAUAUAGACGGAUUAUUACAAGUAUAGACAUUCGCGUAAAAUUUAGGUUGGGAGUAUUUUAAUUUAUCAUCCUCUUCUGCCUUGUCUCUUUCGUUUAUGAAAUAAAACACAAAUGUUCUCGCGAUUAUGCAGUUAUAAUGUAAAUUAAAAUUGAGAAAUAUAUCAUAUCAAAAAUACAUGUAAUAAAUUUUGCAAGGAAUCAUUGUUUCAAUCAAUUGUACCAUAAUACAGACAUAUAGAAUUCUAUAUUUCGUUUACACUUGUAAAGUAUUUUGUUCUACUAUGUAUCUCGUGUUUGUAAUUGACUGAGUCGAUAAUGUCGUAUAUGACACGAAAAUAAAAACAUAUUAAAUGUCAGAUCUAUUCUAUCUCUAGUUAAUGGUUAUGCUGUAAUAAUGGUAAAAUUUUUUCAAUGUUUAAUGUUGUUGUAAUUAGUAAUCGAAUGAUAUUUUUUAUUUUCGAAUUAUAUUUUUUUUUGUGUUAAUACAAAUAAGAAAAAAUAUUUUGCGGUAUGGACAGUCAAGUGUGCAGAGACGGUAGAUUAUUAGAUUUAAUUGAUGAGAUUUGGCACAAAGAACGUUUGCCUAUUGACGAUAUUGUAGUACCAAAUCAAGAAUUACCUGACCCUGAAAGUGACAAUGGAGAUUCUCAUAUGACAUUGAAAGAAUUAGAACAAAAGUGGAAUAAUCUAGCUUUAGGAACUCUCAGUGAAAAUCAUUUACAUUCACCAACACCAUCUCAUAAUUAAAUAUUUGAAAAUGGAGUUUCCAAAUCUUGGAGAGAGAUGUUCGAUCAAAGAUUGCAAACAAUUAAAUUUUUUACCAUUUGAAUGCAAUCAUUGCCAUGAUUUAUUUUGCAAAGAGCAUUUUCAUUUAGGUUCUCAUAAAUGUUUAGGUUUCAAAGAUAAAAUUACAUACACUAAAAUAAAGGCACCAAAUUAUAAAUGUUCAGAUGAAUCUUGUAAAGAAACUUCACCUAUUGAAAUGCAAUGUAUCAAAUGUAAGAAACACUUUUGUCUACAACAUAGAUAUCAUGGGUGUUUAGAAUAUACUAAUGAAGAAAAAACAACAAAAUUAAAAAAAUGGCAAAUACCAAAAAAACAAUUUGCUGAAGCAAAAGCUAUAGUAGAUCAAGAAAUUUCAGAUACUUUGAAGAAAUCCAAGAAUACUACAAUGGCUAAUAAAGUAAGGCUUAUGCGUAUAAAAGGUUCUGCUGUUGGUCCAAAAAACGUACCAAUGAAUGAAAGAUGUUAUUUUCUUGUAUACCUUCCUACUACAGUAUCUAACAAACAUAUAGGACCGUCUAAAGGUAUUUAUGUGAACAUGAAUUGGACAAUUGGGAAAGCUAUUGAUUCAAUAGCUAAUAUAUUAAAAAUAUCUAACAACAAUAAUGUAGCAGGAGCAUUUAAAUUACAAUUAUUUCAUCAUACAACUGGUGCACUAAUAUGUAACGAAAUGAACACGCUAUUAAUAAAAUUGUUUGAAGAUUCGGAACUUAUAGAUGGGCAAAGUGUUAUUUUAGAAUAUUCAAACAGCACGUUUGUAGAUACUACUUUAUAUAAAUAAAUAUUUACAAGAAGUAAUAACAAUUAUUUACUUUUUGUUCUUAGAAUAUGAUUUAUAAGUAUAAUAAUCUAUUGGUAGUGGUAAGAACACAGUUUUAGAAUAAUAUUUGUUUAUUACAAACUAGAUAGUUUUAUAUAUAUAUAUAUA